CGAGAAACUCGUUCUCAAAGCGUCCAAAGGAUAUGAGCUACAAGAAGCGCGUGCCAGAAGUCAAGACCACGCACUUCAAUGUCUUCGCGCAUCAACCCACCUGGAUUCCAUCCCGAUUGUCCUGUCCAGCUGAAAGCCCAGCGAGAGCACUGGAACUUCAACUCGCGAAAGACAACAUGACAGCCUAUGCCCUUGGUGAUCUAGGGUUUGUCUACAACCAAACAGCAUUCUCCGACGUUUGUAACUCGCCUUCUUACGGCGAAAGUCACGGCUUCUUUGACCGACCGAACGCCUUUAACGUCGUACACGAACUCUAUCCAGUAUUCAGCCAAAGCAAGAUGUCCUCAUUCAAUGACAUCUUGUUUCCCAGUCCGUGGUACUGGUUCGGCAAAGUGGACUACAAAGAAAUCUCCGACAUGGCAUGGGACAAGAAGAUCAGCAAAUUCUGGUGGCGUGGAAGCACAACCGGAGGAUUCAGUCGAAAUGGCGGCUGGAGAAGACAACAUCGACAGAAAUUUGUCGCCAAAGUGAACGCUCUUGAUACCGCCAAGAUACUUCAGAACUCCAAUUCAGCAGCCACGGAUAAGGACCGAGGCCAUACAGAGUGGAUCACGAAGGAAAUGCCGAGAUCGGACUUCAAGGACCUCAUGGACGUCCACUUCUCGCAUAUCGGACAGUGCGAUCCUGGCGAUUGUGACGCUCAGCGAGAAUUCUUCGGAGUGGAGCCCGGCGUUGAUCAACAAGACGCAUGGAAGUGGAAGUAUCUCCUCGACAUGGAUGGAAACGCAUUCUCAGGAAGAUUUUAUGCAUUCUUAGAAAGCAGAUCCCUGCCACUCAAGAUGGCAGUCUUCCGCGAAUGGCACGAAGACUGGAUCAAGCCUUGGCUACAUUACAUCCCGUUGAGCUUGAAAGCAGAUGAGGCGUUAGAAGUCGUUCGGUAUCUUGAUGCGGAAGAAGAGGGAAAGAAGAUGGCCAUCACUGUCGCCGAAGCAGGCCGAGAUUGGGCACGCAAGGCGCUACGGAAUGAGGAUUUUGAGGUCUGGUUCUUCAGGCUCUUGCUCGAGUACGCACGGGUGGUUGAUAAUGACAGAGACAAGAUAGGGUACAGUGGAGCAUAGCUGCUAUGGCAACGAGUACAUUAAUGCCACGUCUGAGCGGAUGAUUAUGGUGUAUACUUCUGAGAAUUGACGCAGCUCGGUCGUGUUCGGGCGCGCUGACACAUAUACUUCAUGCGGUAGAGUGCUUUGGUGUUUACGGCGGCGCUCUGCGUCGAGGCCAUCGAAAGUCAAGCAACAGGCAUGGAUUGCUAGACGCCAUUCUGCAAGCUCGUUCAGAAGAGUACUGGCGGUGGCUUGCGCGGCUGCGAUUCCGUGUGCAGUCCUUCGGCUAUUAUUGUAGCAUAAUGAUCCUACGAUCAACAGUCCAGAGCGAUACACGAAGCAUUUUUAAGAGCAUGGAUGUCUAGUAAAGCGGUGAAGUUGUAGAUUGCAUGGAUGGCCAGUUGAUUUUCUGCCGCAAACCGGCACUAACAGCUUCUGCCGCUGCAGCUCUGGUCGGAUUCGUUCCCAAGUCGUUGUCUGCAAGAAGACCUGUGCGUAAAUGCUCUACGUAAUGACUCUGUAUUUCGAUGUGGUAGACGAGACGGCUAGCCUUGCGCACCACUUUCACGCAAAGGCGUACACCCACGGUAUCCCGCACCGAGGCUGCUGGGUAGGGUAGCGUGUGCGCGGGAUGCUUGCGAUGUCUGGUCCGGUUUGAGGCUUGCGGCUGGAUUCACUGAUCUACUGAUCUGCUGAUUUGCGUACCGGGCUGACCUUGUCGGUAGAUUUUGU